AUGUCGCCGCGUACGGUGCUUCCACUCCACCCAAUCCCCUCGAGCGAAGUGACACAGGCCGAACGGACGGCAGUUCUUCACUUCUCCGCCCGUUUGCGGUCGCGGUCCCAGCCCCCACCCAACCGCCCCAGGUGGACGACGCAGAGUCGCCUCUGUUUUCGGCCCAAAAACCCUCGCCGCCGCCACCCGCGGAAAACCCUCUUCGCCGCCGCCACCACCUCCACCCACGGAAAAACCCUCUUCGCCUCCGCCACCUCCUCCGCCGCCCGUGGAAAACCCCUCUUCGCCGCCGCUGCCGCCACCUCCACCCGCGGAAAAACCUCUUCGCCGCCAACGCCGCCACUCGCGGGAAAACCCUCCUCGCCGCCGCCUCUUCCUCCUUUGGCUGUGGACGAGAAACCCUCCGCACCGCCUCCGACCGACGCGGCCACGGAACCGGCUCCCGCAACAAAGCCGCGUAAGAUCACACGAAAGGUACGGACGAUCAAAAGAAGGGUCCCCAAAGGCACGAUCGCAGCCUGGAAGGCUGCGGCGGAGGCGGCUUUGGCUGCCGCCGGAGCGUUACAGCCUGGGAAGGGACACGCUCUGGACUAUUCCUCUCAAAAUGCUGCCGCGGUGGAUGAAGUGGUGCAGAAGGAACAGAGUUUUGGGGGACACACAAUUGAAAAACUGGCCACUGCUGUGUGUGAAACACUACUGGGUAAGGGGACGGCUGUGUGUGAAACACUAUUGGGUAAGGGGACGGUGCGGGGAGGAACACUAGCCAGUGGGCUGGCAACGGAUAUUGGUGGUGAGCAUGAGGUGAAGAAAUUGGGGAGCAGGGGUGAGGACAGGGCUGAGGUGGUAAUGUCGGAGCGGCAGAGGAGGAGGAUGACAGAGGUGUUUGUCGAUGGACUCAGUAGGGACACAAAGGAGGAGGACGUGAGGGCAGCGCUUUCAGUGGCGGGGGAUAUCACGGAAGUUCGCAUGAUCAUGGAUGCAACGACGAAGAAGAACAAAGGCUACUGCUUUGUGCGCUACCGUGAGUCUGCGCAGGCAAGGAAGGCCAUUGCAAACUUCAGCAACGUUAAGAUUUGUGGAAAGCAGUGUCGAGUUGCAGCUCUGGGUGGGAAUGAUAAAAUCUUUCUUGGGAACCUUGAUAAGAAAUGGAAGAAAGACGAUAUCAUGAAACUACUACAGAAAAUUGGAGUUGAGAACAUUGACGUCGCUACCCUUCCGGCUGACUCUAAUAAUCCAGGCUAUAAUCGUGGAUUUGCAUUUGUUGAACUGGAGACUUAUAAAGAUGCACAGAUUGCAUACAAAAAGCUUUCAAGGAAAUAUGUUUUUGGCAAGGGUUUAAAUAUAAGAGUUGCAUGGGCCGAACCAUUGAAUGGUCCAGAUGAAAACAGAUCCACAAGGUUAAGUGCUUUUUCUCAAUUUCUCUCAACCAUUUCAUCGAUUUCACUAGGUGAAAGAAUACUUGGGCCGUCUUCACUGCAUAUAUUCCCUUCCAGUUCCAGGGCGGUUCCACCCACAGGGGAUAAGAAGUCAUCAACAGAUCAUGGCUUGGUUCAGGUUCUGAGGGAGAUGGUUCCCUGGAGACAUGAACAUACUGGUUCAGAUUCAGAUUCUGUACUAUCAGAAGAACCAUGGGGUGGGAUUCAGAUGAGGCAAGCCUGUUCUCGCAAAUCAGGGAUGUCACAUGACAGCUGGCACUUACAGAGAUGGGCUUCCACAGACUGA